CUUUUAAUUUGGUCGCAGAGACGCGACUCAGCCGCCGCCGCCGCCCUGACCAGGUGAAGACUACGUGACGCGUACUCAUCCCCUCGCCUCCGGCAUUCGCCGUCGAUCCAAUCCCGCCGGCCGGCUGUUCUUCGGUCCUUGGAAUAUAUCGCCGCGAGCCCGCAACAUCGUGUCACCAUCAAGGAAGCUAAUGAAGAGAUUUUUUGAAAAAUCUACAAUCAGCAAUGUGCCUGAAAUCGUUGAUUUGAAGAAGCUUCCUUGGGAUUCAUCUAAAAUGCGCUGCUCGAUGGUGACCGAUUCUAUGCAACGGAAAGAUUCGAUGGUUCCAACUGAGCAGUGAGCUUGUUGGCUUCUUCACAUGGAGUGUAAUGGAUAGAGGACAGGACGACAUUUCCACUCCACCACCAUCAACAAGCAACCAUGCCUGCAAUGGCUGCCGCCCAGGAAGAGCCGUUGGGGCUCGUCAAGCCUGCGCCACCGCCACCGCCCCCUUCCAUCUUCCUCGACCAACCCUCGAUGACCAACGGUGACUCACAGUCACAGCAGCCGCAGGAUGACCUGGCCUUGGCAUACAUCUCGCGCAUGCUCAUGGAGGAGGACAUCAUCGACAAGUUCUUCUACCAACACCCUGAGCAUCCGACCCUCCUGCAGGCCGAGCAGCCCUUCGCUGAGAUCCUCUCAGCCUCCGGCAUCACCACAGCUGGUGCCCAUGGGUCCUCCGCUUUACUUCCAAGUCAAGGCAACAACACGGGCAUCAUGGCUUCUGGGUUCUUGUCCAGCGAGGUACGUAGUCAAGCCUUGAUCUUGAAUGGCACAGUCACAGCGGAGGAGCCCAGCAGCGGCGUCACCAUGGGUGACCUGUCGAGCAUGGCUUUCUUCAAAGGCAUGGAGGAGGCCAACAGCUUCUUGCCCACAGUCAAUGUGAUGGUGGAUGCUAGGGGGCGUAAGAAGAGGUCUGGCAUGGAUGGCGAGACGGAGGCGUGCAUGGGCAGGAGCAGCAAGCAAAUAGCGGUGCGGGUGCUGGCACAUGAUGACUCGGCGGAGGAAGACACCGCACUUGAGCUGGACCUGCUCAUCCUCAACGGCUACAACAUGCACUCCAAUGAGACGAUGAAGGAGAGGGGGGACCAGGCAGCGCAUCAGAGCAUUUGCAGGAAGGCGCCGUGUGUGAGGCACAGCGCAAGGCAGAAGGUGGUGGCUGAUCUGGAAACGCUGCUGAUCCGCUGUGCGGAGGCGGUGGCUACCAACGACCGGAGCAACGCCGGCGAUCUACUGAAGAAGAUCAAGCAGCACUCGCUACCAACAGGAGACGCAAGGCAGCGACUGGCAUAUUACUUCGCCGAGGGGCUGGAGGCACGACUGGCGGGCACAGGGAGGCAAAUGUACCACUCGAUCACCAUGGCGAAUCACACCUCCACCGUGGAGCUCUUCAAAAGCUACCACCUGUGCAUAGCCGCCUGCUGCUUCCUGAAGGUGUCGCUAAACUUCUCCAACAAAAACAUCUACAAUGCCGUGGCGGGGAGAAAGAAGCUGCACAUUGUGCACUACGGUGUCAACGAUGGGUUCCAGUGGCCGGAUUUGCUCCGGUGGCUAGCUGACAGGGAGGGUGGGCCACCGGAGGUGAGGAUCACCGGCAUUAUUAGCCCGCAGCCUGGGCCCUGUCCGGCUAAGCAAGCCAAGGAGACAAAACGCAGGCUCAGCUACUGCGCAAGGCAGUUUGGCGUGCCAUUCAAGUUUCAUGCUAUCAUAGCCAAGUUAGAGGCUGUCCAUGCCGAGGACCUCGACAUCGAUCCAGACGAGGUGCUCGUCGUGAACAAUAUGUUCCAUUUCAGGACACUGAUGGAUGAGAGCCUCACCUUUGACAUGGAAAACCCAAGGGACCUGGUGCUCAACACUAUCAAGAAGAUGAAACCAUCCAUGCUCAUCCACGCAGCUGUCAAUGGAGCAUACAGCUCGGCGUUCUUCAUGACUCGUUUCCGGCAAGCGCUCAACAACUUCACAGCACAGUUUGACAUGAUGGAGACUACCAUGAUGCAGAACAAAGAGAAGAGGUUACUGGUGGAGCGGCACAUUUUUGCACGCUCUGUGAUGAAUAUCAUUGCCUGUGAGGGCCCUGACCGGGUGGAGCGCCCUCAGAACUACAAGGAGUGGCAUGCGCGGAACCAGCGAGCCGGACUGAGGCAGCUGUCAUUAGACCCUGACAUUGUUAAGAUGCUCAAGGACCAAGUGAAGAAGCAGUACCACAAGCAUUUCAUGAUUGAUGAGGAUCAACGGUGGCUUCUGCUGGGAUGGAAAGGCCGGGUGCUCUACGCCCUCUCGACAUGGGUAGCUGAUGAUGCUAGUGGCUCUCAACUGGAGUAGAUGGAUGGAUUGAAGUACGAAUGGAUAUAGAUAUGCCUGUUGCACUAUCAGAUGUGUGUAAAAAAAAUCAGAUGUGUGUUUGCUCCUUUUUUGUAUGUGUAACUUGGUAACAGAGACCAUUAUAAGGUUUCAGAGAUGUAGUGAGUGCACAUAUAUCCAUUUUAAUCUGCAUUGUGAGAGACGAUAUUAUGUGGAAUCGUUACAUAA